UUGUUUUCUUCCCUCCACAUAUUUAUCUAUUUACUCGUAAUAAUUUAAUAUUAUUAUUCUGCUUUAUCAUCUCAUCUCUCAAACGUCUUACCUUCAUCUGUUCAAUUCAAUACAUAUACAUACUACAUUUCAUGUUGACAAUUAAAUUUGGAGUAAAUUGCUUCCUUAUCGACCCAAGAAGUUGCAAGUGCAACUAUGAACGAACAGAUAGAACUCCCAAUGCUCAGCCUAAAGAGAAAUUCAAGCGUGAUAGUCUUUACAUAGACGAGCAAGGGAAAUUAAGAAAGUUUAAUCAUAAAAAGGUUUCACGGAAAAGGGGGGGUUCCUUAAGGGGACAAGGAUGGAAAUAUGGAUCAGGAUUCGUCGACGGAAUAUUUCCAGUGCUUAGCCCUGAUGCUCAGCAGAUUUUGAACUUCAUGAAAAAGGAAACGAAUGUUAACAGGGUAUGGGAUGCGCUUAGCAGUCUCCCUCCCACCUACACAACAUGGGAUGAUAUCAUCAGUGUUGCUGUUCAACUGCGUCUCAAUAAAAGAUGGGAUCCGGUCAUAUUGAUGUGUGAAUGGAUAUUGUACAGGAGUAGUUUCCAGUCAGAUAUCAUUUGCUACAAUUUACUUAUUGAUGCUUUUGGGCAAACGUUGUGCCCUGACAAGGCAGAAUCUACUUAUCUGAACCUUCUAGACACUCGGUGCAUUCCUACUGAGGAUACUUAUGCACUUCUUCUGAGGGCCUAUUGUAUAAGUGGAUUACUAGAGAAAGCUGAAGCUGUCUUUAUGGAAAUGGAUAAAUAUGGCCUUUCACCAAGUGCGGUGGUGUACAACGCAUACAUUGAUGGGCUACUAAAGGGCAGAAACUCACAGAAAGCUAUCGAAAUAUUCCAAAGGAUGAAGAGAAAUUCCUGCGAACCCUCUACUAAUACCUAUACAAUGUUGAUCAACUUAUAUGGAAAGGCAAACCGUUCAUACAUGGCUUUAAAGGUGUUCAAUGAAAUGAAAAGUCAAAAGUGCAAACCCAAUAUCUGUACAUACACUGCUUUGAUAAAUGCGUUUGCUAGGGAAGGUCUUUGUGAGAAAGCAGAAGAUAUAUUUGAGCAGCUACAGGAAGCUGGGAUUGAGCCUGAUGUCUAUGCUUACAAUGCACUGAUGGAAGCAUACAGCCGGGCAGGUUUCCCUUAUGGUGCUGCGGAAAUCUUUUCGCUGAUGCAAAAUAUGGGCUGUGAACCAGAUAGAGCAUCAUUUAACAUCAUGGUUGAUGCGUAUGGAAGAUCUGGUCUUCAUGAAGAUGCCCGAUUAGUGUUUGAAGAGAUGAAGCGGCUGGGAAUAGAACCAACAAUGAAAUCACAUAUGGUGUUUCUAUCAGCUUACUCCAAAGUUGGUAAUGUGUCAAAGUGUGAAGAGAUUGUGAGCCAAAUGCAUAAAUCCGGGCUUGAACCUGACACUUUUGUGCUGAACACAAUGCUAAACGUUUAUGGGCGAGUGGGUCAUUUCAAAAAGAUGGAAGAAGUUUUAGCAGUUAUGGAAAGUAGACCAUAUGUACCUGAUAUCAGCACGUAUAACAUUUUGAUCAAUAUGUAUGGACGUGCGGGCUAUUUUGAGCAAAUGGAAAAGAUUUUCCGAUUGCUGCCAACAAAGAAAUUGCAAAGAGAUGUGGUGACAUGGACUUCUCGACUUGGAGCCUAUUCUAGGAAGAAACAAUACACAAGAUGCUUAGAAAUAUUCGAAGAGAUGAUCUCUGAUGGAUGUUACCCUGAUGGAGGAACUGCAAGAGUGCUUCUUUCUGCAUGUUCUACCAAGGAGCAAGUUGAACAAGUCUCUUUAGUUCUUAGGACAAUGCACAAGGAUAUGAAAACAGACCUACAUAUUUAGUGGACUUGUUUAUAGAUGAUUAUUCCAACCCAUUUGUUUUUGAAUGGGUCAAUUUGGGUUGUCAUUUUCUUAAACGGUCAAAUAGUUGUUUUAGCUAAAAAAGGGUACGGGUUAGAUUACUACA